CUCCAACCCCAUCUCUCUCUCUCUCCCUCUGAGCCUGAAAUUUGAAUUGGAGACAUGGAAGAGAAGAUGAAGCGUCAAGCAUGUAAGCCCAACGCUGUGACGCCGGCACUAGCCAUGCACAGGGACUCGCACGUAAUAUCAAAAUUCAAGCCCAAGAUUCGAAUAAUUCACAUCUUUGCACCAGAGGUCAUAAAGACCGACGCUGCAAACUUCCGGGAGCUCGUGCAAAGACUCACCGGGAAACCCACCGACCGGAAAAGCAGGAAGGACAACAAGUCGAGGAUCAUGGAAGCAAAACAAGAUCAGCCGGUGCAGGCGGCCACGGAGUUGCGGGAGGAGAGCCAGAACUCGAGCUACAGUUAUGGGGGGAGUUCUAUCAAGGAGGAGGAGGAUCAGGAAGAAGAAAUGUGGAGAUGCCAGAUUCCCACAGCUGACUUCUUGGGUGGACUGGAUUUCGAUGGCUUUUUUAAGGGAUUUGAUGUUGGUGAAUUUCCUUUCCUUCCUUUGAGUUCCUCUAACGUGGAUGUGUUUGGAGAAACACCUCUCUCUUAGACAAAGAUUGUUUCUCUCUCUCUCUCAUCUCAAUGAAUUGGGUUUAGUUGGGGAUUAUAAUCUGGGGAUUUUAAUGUUCUAGCUCUUUCUUUCUUUCCUUCUCCAUUAGAUGUUUAGACUGAAUUCUCUCUCAUUUCUCCUUAUUCUCUCUCCACCUUGUAAAUAUUAAUGGGAGAAGCUCAGAGGCAUAUACUUUGUAUUUGGUUUCUUUGUUUAGCAAUAGAACCCACAUUCUUCUGCAUUUUGUUA